CUCCCCUCAGCCUCCUCCAGCUGAGAGGUGUCAGGAGUGUUGCCCAAGACUCCCCGGAGCAGCCGGACCGGCCUCUGCUGGAGGAGGCACUCUGUCCACGGCCGGGCGCUGGGACGGAGGCGGCGGCUAGACUUGACGAGCUACGAUGGCAGUCAACAAGGGCCCGACCUUGCUGGAUGGAGACCGCCCUGAGCAGGAGAACGUGCUGCAGCGGGUCCUGCAGCUACCCGUCGUGAGCGGCACCUGCGAGUGCGUCCAGAAGACCUACACCAGCACCAAGGAAGCCCACCCGCUGGUGGCCUCUGUGUGCAACGCCUACGAGAAGGGUGUGCAGGGCGCCAGCAGCCUGGCCGCCUGGAGCAUGGAGCCGGUGGUCCGCAGGCUGUCCACACAGUUCAUAGCGGCCAACGAGCUGGCCUGCCGGGGCCUGGACCACCUGGAGGAGACGAUCCCCGCCCUGCAGUACCCCCCCGAAAAGAUCGCCUCUGAACUGAAGGACACCAUCUCCACGCGCCUCCGCAGCGCCCGCAACAGCAUCAGCAUGCCCAUCGCCAGCACCUCGGACAAGGUCCUGGGGGCGGCCCUGGCCGGCUGUGAGCUCGCCUGGGGGGUGGCCAAAGGCACUGCCGAGUAUGCUGCCAGCACCCGCGCCGGCCGGCUGGCCUCUGGUGGGGCUGACCUGGCCCUGAGCGGCGUGGAGAAGGUGGUCGAGCGCCUCCUCCCUCCAGCCAACGAAGAGCCAGGCUCCGCUCCAGGACGCCCGGACCCCAGGAAGCCUCCCAAGGCCAAGCCGAGCCUCCUGCGCAGGGUUGGGGCCCUGGCCAACACCCUCUCCCAACACACCUUCCAGACCACGGCCCAGGUGCUGAAGCAGGGCCACGCCCUGGCCAUGUGGGUGCCUGGCCUGUCACCGCUGAGCAGCCUGGCCCAGUGGGGCACGUCAGCGGCCAUGCAGGUGGUGUUCCGGCGGCGGAGCAGCGUGCGGGUGCCCUGGCUGCACAGCCUCGCUGCCGCCCAGGACGAGGACCACGAGGACCAGACGGACACCGAGGAGGAGGAGGAAGAGAGCAAGGAGGAGGCGGAGGAGGAGGAGGAGGAGGAGGAGGAGGAGGAGGUGGAGGAGAAGCUCAGUGAGGUGGCAACCCCUCCCCGGCCGCCAGGCCUGCUGGGCAGCGUGGCACACGCCCUGCACAAGGCCGUCCGGGGCACCAUCUCGGCUGUGACGUGGGCGCCUGCCACUGCGCUGGGCAUGGCAGGGCGCAUGCUGGGCCUCAGGUCGGCCCGCACUGUCUCCUCGACCAAAGGCAGGGCCAUGUCCCUGUCCGACGCCCUGAAGGGGGUUACGGACAACGUGGUGGACACGGUGGUGCACUAUGUGCCGCUCCCCAGGUUGUCACUGAUGGAGCCCGAGAGCGAGUUCCGGGACAUCGACAACCCGCCGGAUGAGACAGAGCGCCGGGCGUCUGGGGCGCCGGCCGGCCUGGCGCAGCCCCGAGGCAGCCUGCGCGGCAUGAGGACGCAGAGCCUGGAGGACAGAGUGGACCUGGCCGCUGCCCCGCGCUCAGCCUUCCCAGCUGCGCCCCGCGAGAAGCCGGCGCGCAGGGUCAGCGACAGCUUCUUCCGGCCCAGCGUCAUGGAGCCCAUCCUGAGCCGCGCGCAGUACAGCCACCUGCGCAAGAAGAGCUGAGCGCCCGUGCCGCCGGCCACCGCCGCGGGGCGCCGGAGCCAGGGCCGUGUCACCAGCAAGUAAGCAGAACCUAUACGUCCACGAGAGUGUUGACUUCUUCAAAGUAGCCCCCGGGGCCCCCUGCAGCUCGGCACACGUCGUCUCUGAGCAUCUUUUGUGGGCUUUGCGGCCAAUUUUAAAGAAAAAUCUGAGCAGCCA